AGCAUGCAUAUAGGGUUCUUGCUACAAGCAUCCAACGGAUAAAUGAGAAUACUUGGGCAAGAGGCACAUAUGAAGUAAAGGGAUUUGCAAUGGCGAUACUACUAUGGACCUUCAGCGCAGUUCCAUCUUUGGGCUCAGCGUUUGCAACAGAAUGUGUUACAUCGAGAUCUGAGUAUCCUUUGUGUUUGAAAUGGGAAACAACUCAAACACCAAGAUUUUCUCAUGUUGUCGAUGUCGUCAAAAAAAUGAACUCAGUCAAGGUUAAUACAGUGAUUGGAAACCCGUACGAAUAUAGCUAUUUAGUUGCUAGUUCGCAUGAAGACGACAUAGACUUCGAAGAAAUUGUUCGUCUUGUUCAAAAUGGAUACAGACUCAAAGCAACUGAUUGGAGUGCUGGAUUUGUUGAUAUUUUUACUGUAUUACAAGAAAUAGGGGAACAAACAAUGAAUAACAACUUGUCUGACAGCCAGAAACUCGACAAGAUCCUAAAUUUACUUCAAGACUUCAACAGGAGGAUUGCAGUAAUAGAGUAUGUUCUUAAAAGCCGUCUUGAAAAAGAUGAGACUGAGAGAUGCAAAAAAAAAGAGUCUGAUAUACAAGAAGAAACAUGUGCCAGAACAGAAGAGGUAUGUGAAUAAUUUUAUUAAAUCCUUUUCAAUCAAAAUUCGGAUAGCUUUUUACAA